UUCGCGCUGUGUUUCUCUGCUGCUGCCGCUGCUCUCCCUCCGAAUCGGCCCGAGAAGGGGCAGCGUAAAUAGCCAAUGUUUUGACCGAAGGAGUUGGAGCAAGGGAAGCAACAACUGCUUGCAAAAGGCAGGGGCUGCUUGCCACUGACAGCACAGCCCACCAGGCACCGAGCCGUGCAUGGGGGAGACUUGGUGACGGUGACAGUUCGGAGGAAGGAGAAACGUGCCUGGCCCCACAUAAGGAUCUUUAAAUCCAGGAGCGGGGGAGGGAGGCUGGCAGCCACAACCGAGCUGGGCAUCAUGUCAGACACCCGGUGGCGAUGUGUUGAGAGGAACUUUUUACUAUGGUGAGGAGGACGCAGUAAGGACAUGGGAAAUUUGCUCCACUGAUCUCCGGCAGGAUUUGGGGCAGUGGCUCUGUCGGUCCGAGCUGUCAGGGAUUGCGCUCUGAGAAGGUUUGUCAUGUUUGGUGCCAUUAUAUUCAUGGGAGAAUGGGCUUUCAAAUGAGACCCAACUUUACCCAUUUCUGACAACAUUGUAUGAUCAACAUUUCCACCAACCGAAGGACCUGGAGCUGGGAGCCGAGUGGCAGCAAGUCCCCCCCUGCCAUGCCAUAGAGGGUGGCCCCAGUGAAAUUGGAGCAGAUUCUUCCUUUAAGAGAAAACCCCUACUGCUCAUGCCAUGAAGGAGGAGAAUUUUCUUCGUCGCAGGUUCUCUCUCUGUCCUGCUUCUUCCACCCCUCAGAAAAUUGACCCUCGCAAGCUGACACGGAAUCUGUUCUUCGGGGCUGAUAAUGAGAUCUACCCACUCAGCCCAGAGAACUUUGGAGAGGACUGGAGAGCUAAUGGGAUAAUGACAUCACAAGCAACAAUGAAAGGAAAAGACAUGGAAGGAAACAGCCUGUCAACACUGAAGGAUGAGGCUCCACAGACUCCAGUCUCCAUUAGUAAGACUGAGUAUAAGCUUUGCAAUGGGUCUGAUAAAGAGUGUGCGUCUCCCACAGCCAAAUUUACUAAGAAGGAGACAUUGAAGGUACAGAAGAAGAAUUACAGACAGGAGAAGAAAAGAGCCACCAAGCAACUCUUCAGCGCUCUAAAGGAUCCCAGUGUGGUGAUUAUGGCAGACUGGCUGAAGAUCCGUGGGACUCUGAAAAGCUGGACUAAGCUGUGGUGUGUUCUGAAACCAGGAGUGCUGCUGAUUUAUAAAACACCAAAGGUCGGUCAGUGGGUGGGCACCAUCCUGCUCCAUUCCUGCGAGCUGAUUGAGAGACCCUCCAAAAAGGAUGGCUUCUGUUUUAAACUCUUCCACCCCUUGGAUCAGUCCAUCUGGGCUGUGAAGGGUCCAAAGGGAGAGAAUGUUGGUUCCAUCACUCAGCCUCUUCCCAGCAGCUACUUGAUCUUCAGAGCAGCCUCGGAAUCAGAUGGGUGGGAUUUUCAAUCUACUGCACCUGGCCAACCUGGAAGCCCAUGGAUAGUAUUUGGCUUAGGAAACCUAGGCACAGGUGUGAAUCUGAGUGUGUUUCACACCAAGGGCCAGCAGAGCUCAGGCCGAUGUUGGUUGGAUGCUCUGGAACUUGCCCUGCGUUGCUCCAGUCUCUUCCGACUCAGCGCCUCCAAACAGGGGAAGGAUGGAGACCUGAACUGCUCUUCUGAUUCUUCACAUGCUGGGCUGUAUAACCUGUUGCACACGGCCACCAUCUCUGACCAGGAGCUCUUCCAUUUUAAUGAAUCAGCCCUGGAAAAUCACCACGUGGAAAAUGAUGCUUUUUCGGACAAGUCUGAGAGAGACAACAUAGAGGAGUCUGAGAAUGAAACUCAGGAGAACAGCCGGAAGACGAAUGAAAGCGAGAGUGACCAGUCUGAAAUCCACAGGGAUAUCUCCCGGGAAAGGAAAGGGACGACCUAUAUGGAACAGAUCUAUGAGGAAUUUGGGGAGACGGGCGAAUCCUCUCAAACAGAAACAGUCUCGGAAGAAAACAAGAGCUUGAUGUGGAUUCUGUUGAAACAGCUGCGGCCUGGCAUGGACUUGUCCCGAGUGGUUCUGCCCACCUUCAUCCUGGAGCCACGUUCUUUCCUCAACAAACUCUCUGAUUAUUACUACCAUGCUGACCUACUUUCCCAAGCUGCACUCGAAGAAGAUCCAUACAGUCGAAUCAAGCAAGUUUUGAGAUGGUAUUUGUCAGGCUUUUAUAAGAAGCCAAAGGGAAUAAAAAAGCCAUAUAACCCCAUUUUGGGAGAGACCUUUCGCUGCUGUUGGUUUCACCCACAAACAAACAGUCACACGUUUUACAUCGCGGAACAGGUAUCUCAUCACCCACCAGUGUCAGCCUUUCACGUCAGUAAUAGGAAGGAUGGUUUCUGCAUUUCUGGCAGCAUUCUAGCCAAGUCCAAGUUUUAUGGUAACUCACUUUCUGCGUUAUUGGAUGGGAAAGCCAAGCUUACAUUUCUAAACAGGGAUGAAGACUACAUCAUUACAAUGCCAUAUGCCCAUUGUAAAGGAAUUUUAUACGGUACCAUGACAAUGGAACUUGGAGGGAAAGUUACUAUUGAAUGUGAGAGAAGCAACCACAGGGCAGAGCUGGAGUUCAAACUAAAGCCCUUCUUUGGUGGCAGCACAAGCAUUAAUCAAAUCUCUGGGAAGAUUAAAUCAGGAGAAGAAGUGUUAGCAAGCCUUGAUGGACACUGGGAUGGGGAGGUGUAUAUAAAUGACCUGAAAAAUGGGAACACUGAAAUAUUCUGGAACCCAACCAGUGAAGUGCGGAGGCAGAGACUGAAACGCCACAUUGUGCUAUUUGAAGAGCAAACAGACUUUGAAUCAGAGAGACUCUGGCAGCACGUAACAAGUGCAAUAAACAAAGGAGAUCAACACAAGGCAACUCAGGAGAAAUUUGUAUUGGAAGAAGAGCAGAGGAAUGCUUCACGGGAGCGGAAGGAGAAUGGCAUGGAGUGGAAGCCGCUGCUCUUCCGACACAAUGCUGCUACCAAUGAAUGGCACUACAAAUACGAAGAUUUAAGGCCCUGGGACCCUUUAAAUGACAUUGCCCAGUUUGAGAAAGAUGGGAUACUACAAACCAUGGAGAGGCACCUAUCCACAAGGAUGUCGUCCCACAAAACCAUGUGUAUAAACAACCAAGUUAUACGACACAAGAGAUCUGCGAAAGACUGCAGGCGUCGUAAAACCAGUGACCAACCAUCCAACCAUAGCCAAAACACUGAGAGCAGCUGUUCAACACCAGAGUCUGUGCAGGAGCUGUCGGACGAUGAUGGUUUUGAAAGUCCAUGUACUCGGUGCGGAAAGGAAAUGAAUCACCUGAAGGAAAUCCACAUGACUGUCUUAUCCCUACAGAAAGCCCAGCAGGACAUACACAGAAACCUCACUGCUCUGAACAAAAAAUCUUUCUACAGGAAGGCCUCUUCCGAAAACCUCCUCCUGGACUCUCGCUGUUGGUUUCUCAUUUGCGUCUUUCUUACAUGUCAACUGUUCAUUAAUUAUGUCUUCAAAUAAAAGCACUACGUUUGGCAGCAAUAAAAGUUACUGGCUGCAGGAGGGGGACACUCAUGCAAGGAGCCCAUCGAGGCACCAAGCACUUUAAAACCAACGCAGCAGAGAUGGAAGAAAGAGACAGGCUAAAAGGGGACCCAGGGAACCAGCAGAGUUCAGUUCCUUCAGAUUGUCAUUUGCCUUUGUACGUGUACAUCUUCAAGGACCUCUUUACCUGUACGGGCCUUAAUGCUAAAGCCAAAUGUAGCUUUAAUUGUGCAAUUUGUUUUCUAUGUCAUUUUCUUGUCAUUUUCUGAUGCAAUCAAUAAUUACCAAGCAGUAUUGGUGCCCCAAUAAUGGCAAACAUCCACAUGGUUUUAGAAUGGUUCCAUUGGCUUGCUUUAUAGCUCUAAGGGUUGGGGGAGGUGGGAAGGGCUCUUAUUGCCAAUUUUCAAGAUGUCUAUUGGGUACAUUCAGUUAUGGGAUGGGAACAACAGACGACGGUCCAAAAAUCCAACCACUUGGUUAUCGGUCAGAGUUUCUCCUAGGAUCUUGCUGUUGACACACAUGCGCACACACACAGUUGGACCUGAAAAUGUGCAUCACACUCCAUUGCACAGAGAUUGUAAAUAUGCACGAUUGCCGUCUUCAGGAAAAGGGAAUCAUUCAGUAAAGCUCCUCAUUCUGUUACAGAGCCGAUAAUGUCCUGAACUAGACCCACUGAGUCAAAUGUCAGACAUGCUUGUUUAUAAAUCUUGGUCACUUUUUUUUUUGCGCUAUAUGGCUGUUUUUAUAUUAUAACAACACAAAAAUUGUAUAGAAGUCCUCUAAAAUUUCCCAUUGCCCCCUUGGAGAGGGAGCAAAUAUGUGUUUGAUCGUAGGCACAUCUAUUAUUAAAGGUCAGGAAGGGUAAGGGUUUUGCCACUGCGUUGUUAACUCUGUUAAUAGUCUUCCUAUUUUACACCAUUUUUUAAAAGAUUUGCAAUAUUCUCUGUAGAUUGCAGUCAGUACUAAGCCUUUCUUUUCUGGCCUGAAGUAGUUCCAAUUGGUAAGUACUGCUAUAUAUACAGCCUUAAAAUACUUAGUGGUGGUGCCAGACUGGCAAACUUUAAAUGUAAAUGUUUCCAAAUUUUUAACUACAUUCCUUGUCAUGUUCCCCAGUUAGGGGAAACCUGUUCGUGCUUGAUAUGUUGAAAUAAAAUUACACAACUUU